AUGAAUGACGAGAAAUUAUCUGUGCUUCCAGGUACUACUCAAUCGUCAGCGGUUCCCUCGUGCCAGCCCCUCAUCAGUCAAACUCCUCUUCCCCCUCCCUCGGGUGUUUAUUGGAUUGAUCCUGUUGGUGGGCUCCAAGCCAACGCUUUCAAAGCUUACUGUGACAUGGAAACUGAUGGAGGAGGCUGGACGCUAGUGUGGAGUUAUUCUUUCACCAAUUACAGCUUUUUCAGAGAAAGUUUCAACGCAGUGACACCCAGACCCAACUGGAAUGUAAAAGCUGAAGCAGAUGUUCCCAUCUCUUCUAACCCUCCAUUACACGAAACAGACUACAACGCCAUGAACUUCUCCUUCUGGAAACAACUCGGCAGACAGGUCCUCAUCAAGAGCAACAUAAACAACUGGCUGGUGUGUCAUCCGGGAACUGGCAGCUUGGUAGAUUGGCAGGAUGGUGACAUCAACUGUCGGAUCAUCAAAUAUGUGACUGCCACGUGCAGAGAGACACUUGCACCUUCAGUAUUAAAAGUGAGUACAGGCUAUGGACCGAAAUUCCUAAACACCAAAUUGUACUAUUAUUUCGACGGUUACACCGGGAGUUCCUGGCCAACUCAUGAUCCAUGCGGACAAAACUGGUCCAACCAUUUGAAAGGCGUGGCUGAGCCUCAUGGAAACAUUUUCAUUCGUUAGUCAAUGAACUUUAACUUUUGCACUGAUAUAUGUUUUACAUUUACAGGCAAACGAGAUCUCUAGGGUCAGGGAUGAUCUAUUUUCCCCUUUUCAUAUUUUCAAAGAGUUCAUCAACGAAGCUCAGAUUUAAUUCUCAUGUAGCAAAAUUGUCACUCGACCCUCCGUUGCGAUGCUUCCCCUUCCGUUGAAACGUUUUCUGCCGGUCUCAAGGGAUGACCUUUAAGUUUCCUUCUCUUUUGGACCGGACAUGGCGUCAUCUAAUCUUUACUGUGGGUGCUAGGUGGCUCCAGCUAUGACGUU